AUGGCUGCAGUCACUUCUGUGACCAACCUGGCCGAUGAGGUCAACUGCCCCAUCUGCCAAGGCACCCUGAGGGAGCCGAUCACUAUCGACUGCGGCCACAACUUCUGCCACAGCUGCCUCACCCGCUACUGUGAGAUCCGGGGCCUGGACCUGGAGGGGACGCCCACCUGCCCGCUGUGCAAGGAGCCCUUCCGCCCAUGGGGCUUCCGGCCCAACUGGCAGCUGGCCAGCGUGGUGGACAACAUCGAGCGCCUGCAGCUGGCGGCGUCACCGAGCACCAGCCAGGUGGAGGAGGACACCUGCCGGGCGCACUGGGAGAAGGUCUACUUCUUCUGCGAGGACGACGAGGCGCAGCUGUGCGUGGUGUGCCGCGAGGCCGAGGAGCACCGCGCGCACACCGUGCGCUUCCUGGACGACGCGGCCCGGCCCUACCGGGAACAAAUACAGAAAUGUCUUGAGUGUCUAAAGAAAGAAAGAGAUGAGAUUCAAGGGAUCCAGUCAAGAGAAAACCAAAGGCUGCAAGUCCUCCUGACACAGGUGGCUUCCAAGAGACAAAAGGUACUUUCUGAGUUUGCACAUCUGAGCCAGUUCCUGGAGGUGCAACAGAACACCCUCUUAGCUGAGUUGGAGAGACUGGAUGCGGACAUCUUGAGCCAACAGGAAGAGUUUAAUUUUCUGGUCACUGGGGAGAUGUGCCGGUUCAGUACUCUGAUUACAGAGUUGGAGGAGAAGAAUGAGAGGUCUGCAAGAGAACUCCUGACGGAUAUCAGAAGCACUCUACUAAGAUGUGAAAACAGAAAGUUCAGGAAACCAGAGGCUGUGUCCCCUGAUCUGGGCCAGAGGAUUCGAAACUUUCCCCAGCAGGCCCUCCCGCUGCAGAAGGAAAUGAAGAAGUUUCUGGAAAAGCUCUGCUUCGAGUUGGACUAUGAGCCAGCUCACAUUUCUCUAGAUCCCCAGACCUCCCACCCCAAACUCCUCUUGUCUGAAGACCACCAGCGGGCUCGGUUCUCCUACAAAUGGCAGAACUCGCCGGACAAUCCUCAGCGUUUUGACUGGGCCACCUGCGUCCUGGCCCACGAAGGCUUCACUGGGGGGAGACACACAUGGGUGGUGAGUGUAGACUUAGCGCAUGGGGGCAGCUGCACCAUGGGUGUAGUGAAUGAGGGCAUGCAACGAAAGGGGAAACUGCGGCUGCGGCCUGAGGAGGGGGUGUGGGCGGUGAGGCUGGCGUGGGGCUUUGUGUCAGCCCUGGGCUCCUUCCCCACACAGCUGGCCCUAGAAGAGCAGCCCCAGAAAGUACGGGUGUCUCUGGACUAUGAGGUGGGUUGGGUGACCUUUGUCAAUGCUGCCACCCAUGAGCCCAUCUACACCUUCACAGCCUCCUUCACUGGGACGAUCUUUCCCUUCUUUGGACUGUGGGGCAGAGGGUCCAAUUUCUCCCUGAGCUCCUGA